GCAGGUGAAGGACUUAACUAAGUACUUGGAUCCCAGCGGGCUCGGCGUGAUUAGUUUUGAAGACUUCUACCAAGGGAUCACAGCUAUCAGGAACGGAGGUCCUGAUGGCCAACUGUAUGGUGGCGGUGGCACGGCACCUGCCCUGGACGAGGAGCCCCUGUCCUGCCCUGACGAGUUUGAUGACUUUGUCACCUAUGAGGCCAAUGAAGUGACCGACAGCGCAUACAUGGGCUCUGAGAGCACCUAUAGUGAGUGUGAGACCUUCACUGAUGAGGACACCAGCACACUGGUGCACCCUGAGCUACAGCCAGAAGGGGACGCGGACAGCGCAGGUGGCUCUGCCGUGCCCUCUGAGUGCCUGGACGCCAUGGAGGAGCCUGACCACGGCACUCUGCUGCUGCUCCCAGGCAGAUCCCAUCUACACGACCAGUCUGUCGUCACGGUGAUUGGGAGCGAGGAACACUUUGAGGACUAUGGUGAGGGCAGCGAGGCCGAGCUGUCCACAGAGAGCCUAUGCAACGGGCAGCUCAACUGCGGUGACCCCACUUUCCUCACCCCCAGUCCAGCGAAGCGGCUCUCCAGCAAGAAGGUGGCAAGGUACCUGCACCAGUCAGGGGCCCUGACCAUGGAGGCCCUGGAGGACCCACCCCCUGAACUGGUGGAAGGCCCAGAGGAGGACAUUGCUGAUAAGGUUGUCUUCCUGGAAAGGCGGGUAUUGGAGCUGGAGAAGGACACCGCAGCUACUGGUGAGCAGCACAGUCGACUGAGGCAGGAGAACCUGCAGCUGGUACACAGAGCCAAUGCCUUGGAGGAGCAGUUGAAGGAGCAAGAGCUGAGAGCCUGUGAGAUGGUCCUGGAAGAGACACGGAGGCAGAAGGAGCUCUUGUGCAAGAUGGAGAGGGAAAAGAGCAUCGAGAUCGAGAACCUGCAGGCCAGGCUGCAGCAGCUGGAUGAAGAGAACAGUGAGCUACGGUCCUGCGCACCCUGUCUGAAGGCCAAUAUUGAGCGUCUGGAGGAGGAGAAGCAGAAGUUGCUGGAUGAGAUUGAAGAGUUGAUGCAGCAGCUCAGUGAGGAGACAGAGAAUAAGCGAAAGAUAGGGGACAGACUGAGCCAUGAGCGCCACCAGUUCCAGAGGGACAAGGAGGCAACACAGGAGCUUAUUGAAGACCUGCGCAAGCAGCUGGAGCAUCUGCAGCUGUUCAAGCUGGAGACCGAGCAGCGGCGGGGCCGCAGCAGCAGCAUGGGCUUGCAGGAGUACCACAGCCGUGCCAGGGAGAGUGAGCUGGAGCAGGAGGUCCGCAGGCUGAAGCAGGACAACCGUAAUCUGAAGGAGCAGAAUGAGGAGCUGAACGGCCAGAUCAUAACCCUCAGCAUCCAGGGUGCCAAGAGCCUCUUCUCCACUGCCUUCUCUGAGUCCCUGGCUGCAGAGAUCAGCUCAGUCUCCCGAGAUGAGCUCAUGGAAGCGAUUCAGAAGCAGGAAGAGAUCAACUUCCGCCUGCAGGACUAUAUCGACAGGAUCAUUGUGGCUAUCAUGGAGACCAAUCCAUCCAUCCUGGAGGUCAAGUAGAGGCAGGAAGGCCCAUCCUGGCUGUCUUCAGGACUCCACAAACCCUGGAGCAGCCCCGUCAUUCCAUGAGGCGCCCAAACCAGCAGUUCUCACAGCUGACAGAGCCCAGAGCAUGCAGGGAGCCCUCAUGCAGCUGGGCUGGGGCCAGUAAUGUCAAGGGCUGCCAAAGGGGCAGGGGGCAUGGGGCAGAGGGAGUGGAGAAGGAAGGGAGAGAGGGAAGCCCCUGGGACUGGGGCCCACAGCGGGCAAGGGGCAUGGCUGGCCUUCUGUCAGCACUGACCUUCCUGGGGGUCUGGGGCUUGAUCUUCCUGAGGGUCUGGGGCUUCCCAGUGCCAUGUCAACCCAGCCCCUCCUUCUGCUCAGCAGUGGUGGGCUCGAGAGUCUCUCUGUGCAGAGAUGUGGAAUAGUUUCUCAAAUUAGGGUGAGCCCCUCUGUGGCCUCCUCGUGGCAGACCCUCUUCCUGCUGUCUGGCCCAACUGCAAAGAAAGGAAGAAAACAUCUCACCGGGCAUGCUAUUGCCCAUGCUUGCUAUACAAGCACUCUGGUGCCAUGCCACCUGCGCCUGGCCGUCCCUGGAUGGCAGAGAGGCCCCGGACCCUCAUAUCGAAUGUGUUGGUGUGGGAAGGACAGUCAGGCGAGCCUGGUGUGUCCCCCAUAGCUCUUCCUGAGCUGCUCAGGCCAUCGCCCAACCAGAUGUGGCCCCGUCAGUCCAGCUUUGGGCCCAGGGGCCGUGUUCAUUCUUGUGGCCCUACCCUUCCUGCAGUAACCCUUGGGGAAUCUGACCCUCCUGGGGGGCCAGGCAAGAGCCCACUGAGACCCUUCACUCUGAAAUCAGGACUUGCGAUUCUGACUAUGGAACUCUCCCUGGAUGGAUGGCUGCCACCAGCUCCCCCUGACUCCCAGAUGCAGGUGCUGCUCUCCACAGGUGUGGCCUGAUCUGCCUCCCAGUGUCCACACCCUUUCCAUGCACUUCCCAGGCCAGAGUCCAAAUGGAUAGAGCCCAUUUUCUUUUGGGUGUCUCACUUAGAAAUCGUGUUCUUCCCUAGGGUGCAUUUUGCAGGAGGGUGAGGGCAGGGAAGCCUCUUCAAGGACUCCAGGAGCAGAGAGGGAGCCUUCUUGCCAUGCACCUGCAUGUCCUGGCGCUUGUACUACCUGGGAGUAGCAGUGUCACCUCACAGGGGCUGUGAUCCCGUCACUGAGACUGGCCCCCCGCUGUGUGUGUGUGUGCCAUCCUGUGUCCUCCACCCUCCCCGUGGCCCACCUUUUACACCAAGAUGUGAGAUGUCACUUCGUAUUGUACAUUUGGGGAAAGCCUUGGCUGUAAAAAUCAGUGUAAACUUGGAGAAGAGAUUUUUCUAUCAUGUAGAAUAGGUAUUUUUUAUAGAUUGAAGGUUGUUCAAUUUUUUAAUACUUUCAAGAGAGAAAACUGUGCAUACACGAAAUAUAUAUAUAUAUGUGUAUAAUAUAUAAA